AUGCGAUCAAAGAGCUGGCAAGAGAUUGUCGCAGCCAUCGAGCCACUGCAGAUUACGGCUCUGUUCAGCGAGUUCUCACCCGUGCCAGACAAUGUCUUCAAAAACUAUGCGAGCCAGGGAGCUGCGGGGCAAUUCGCAAAAAUUCCCGUCCUGACUGGUACCGCCUCAGAUGAAGCGGCCUUUUUUCUCGUCAUCAUCAUAGCGUAUAUCAACAUCACCAAAGAGCAACUCGGCUUGAUUCCCGUCGAGAUUAUUCAGCCUCUGCUUGAUAUCAUCACUACCUGUCCAGCGGCCCAAGCGGCAGCUUAUCGUGUUGAGCAUGGAGUACCUGUCUGGCGGUACCGUUACGACGGUGGGAACUACUCCAACACCUACAUCUUCGACGUCGGAGCCGCCUACCAUACCCCCGAGCUCCCUGUCGUGUUCGGAACAGCAGAAGCUGUUACCGGCAUUGCAGACAGUGACUAUGAGGCCGAGGCAGCAGCAUACAUGCGGCAUGCGUGGGCGACGUUUGCGAAGGACCCUGUCGGGGGCCUAUCUGAAGAGCUCAACUGGCCAAAGUACAAUCCAAACCCAUUAUCGCCAACGGAAAUCCAGCUUAGUCUUGGCCAGGCAACAGAGGCAAUCUUAGCACCGAGCGCUGUAUCAGAUGCCUUUUGCCCCAUUGUCAACGGCGUGGAAAACCACCUCUUAAACUAA